UUGGCCGAGAUCGUGGCUGGAUACGCUCAAAUUUUAUUAUGUAAGGACAUUAGUCCUUUAGAGCGCACGGAGCGAGAAAAGCAUCUCGUCUCGUUAAUGUAUUUCGCCCAGCAAUACGAAUGGUCAGCCAUUCUUAAUUUUCACGGUUCUGUUUUGCUCGAAAUUGAGCGUGGACUGGUUACAUGGGGAGACUCUUAUCUUCAUUUGGAAAGCAGAACCCUUUGUGGGCACCCAUUGGAGGAGAAAUCGGCGACUUCCUCUUCUUCAGCGCCAGUUCUAUUUUGUCGCGAUUAUCAGCGAGAACAAUGCAUUAGCGUUAAAGACCACUUCGGUUUUAUCCGCGGAGAACGCAAAUGGUUGAAACAUAUCUGCGCGGCAUGCUGGACUCGUCUUCGAAAGCAGGAGUCGCAUCGGGAGAAUUCUUCUGAUUGUCCUUUA